ACCCCCCCGGCCCGGAUGGUCUGUCCCGGGCGGGCCCACGUGCGCGGGGCGUGCGGGGGUGUCAGGAGCCCCAUGGCCGGGCUGCCGCGGCUGGUGCUGCUGCUGAGCGGCAAGAGGAAGUCGGGCAAAGACUUCGUGGCGGAGGAAAUACAGAACCGGUUGGGGCCGGAUGUCUGCGCCAUCCUCCAGCUGUCGGGACCCCUCAAGGAGCAGUAUGCCAAGGAGCACGGGCUGGAUUUCCAGCGCCUGCUGGAUGCCAGCGAUUACAAAGAGACCUACCGGCAGGACAUGAUCCGCUGGGGGGAGGAGAAACGCAACACAGACCCGGGCUUCUUCUGCAGGAUCGUGGUGGAGGGCGUAACACAGCCCGUCUGGGUGGUGAGUGACACCCGGCGCCUGUCGGACGUGGAGUGGUUCCAGGACGUGUACGGGUCCACGGUGCAGCUGGUGCGGGUGGUGGCGACGGAGGAGACGAGGAAGAGGAGGAACUGGGUGUUCAUAGUGGGGGUGGACAAUGCGGAGUCCGAGUGCGGCCUGGACCAGGGCGUGACCUUCGACUGGGUCAUCACCAACGACGGGGACGAGCUGUCCCUGGACAGCCAGCUGGAGAAGCUGCUGCACUUCAUCUACAGCAAAUUAUAGCGUCCUGCAGCGGGCGGAGAGGCCGGGCGCAGCCCAGGGCUCAGACCAAAGACGGGGGCGGGGUCCAGCAAGCCCCGUCCGGGCUGGGACCCCGCUGUGGGAGGCGCUGCAGGUGGAGGGCCAGGCCCGCUGAGUGGGGCUGCGCCCAGCCUCCAUUCCAUAAGGGCAGAAGGCCAAUUCCAGGGUUCUUUUCAGAGCCCGUUCCAGGGGGUUGCACAAUGCCCUGCCGCAGGUGCCGUUCAGCCUCUCGCCCUGCGGGACCCCCCUGCACUGAGACCAAACUGGGCCCCAGAGCAGGUCCCUGGGCCCUUGCCCUGUCCUCAGCCUCCAGGGCGAUCCCCCUCCCCUGGGGGACCCAGAGCAGGGUCUCCGCACCUCUGGGGUGGAGGACAGGUCCUUGCUGCGGCAGGAAUGGCGGCUUCCCUCUUGGGGCUGUAUAACGAGCGGUAGCUGCCCUGCCUGCCCCACGGCUCAGGCCAGGGGUUCUCAAACGCUUUGUAGUGUGACCCUGUGUGCGGGGCUGACCCCUCGCGACCCCCAGGUUGAGAACCCCUGGCUUCCGCCCAGGCCGCUCUGUCCCGGCUCACCGGGUCCCUUUGCAUCCCGGCUCGUUGGCAGCAUGGCCUGGGGCUGCCAUCACCUGCGCCAUGAAUGCCCAGCACCGCUGCCCCUUGCUUAGCUGCCAGCCUCCCUGCACCGUCGUGCCCCACGUGGCGGCGGUUAUCUGUGCCUUGCUGACGGGCGGGGUGGGAGGCUGUAAUGGGUGCCCAUAUACCAGCCUGCUCCACCCUGCACUGCUUUCUGGGUCACGGGGACCCGUGCCCAUCCAUCUCGCCUGCUGUGAACCCCCGCUGGGAACGUAGCUCCUCGCCAUUGGCUGCCCGGCUGGGCACGCUGAUCACGGCCCACAGCUCCAGGGACAGAUGUCGAUACGAGCGGAGCUCCUGGCCCUGCGGCCAUGUACCUGGCUGCUUGCGGCCCUGCCGGGGACAGGCCCUCUCGCUUCACCCAGCCACUGGGCCCUGAGGGUCAGAGCCACCACAGAAGGUAUUGGAGCGCUUUGCCUGGGCCAAGCCGGGUCGUGCAGCACCGGUGUCGGGCUGGCAUCCUAGGGCUGCGUCUCCGGGUUUGUGACUCCGCUGCUCGCCUGACCGCUCUCCCACAAGGGAGCCAGAGCGAUGGGGUGUCGCUGCACCUGGAAUAAAGCUGGCAGGUGAGAAACGCC